UUUCGUAUCAAGCGCCUUAUUUUUAAUGUAUAAAAGUGUUUAUUUAAAAUUGAUUUAAAAAAAAUGGCACUUUGAAAAUGUUUAGUAAAUGAUGAAACUUUUGGAAAUUGUUGUCAUUUGAAAAUUUGUCAACGGUUACACCUUAAUUUUUGUUUUUUGGAACGCCCAUUCUGCUUAUCAAGAAAAUUUUUUAACUGACCACCGGUUAUCACUUAAAGUAAUACACAAAUUUUUGCUUAUGCAGUAAACAGUAAUCAGGAAUAAAAUUUUAUCACAUUUCUGUGCAGCAUAACUCGCGUGACGUGUAAAGUGCCAACAAUUCAAAAAUAGCGUAAAAACCGAACACUAGGGAUUCGAAAAAAACAUUAAUAACCGGUUAGAAAAUAUGACCGAAAACAAACAAGGAAUGAGGGCUUUAAUUCUCGUUGGUGGCUAUGGUACUCGAUUGAGACCAUUAACCCUUAGCAGGCCAAAACCUCUCGUUGAAUUUGCAAAUAAACCUAUAUUAUUACACCAAAUUGAAGCUUUGGUUAAAGCCGGAGUUACAGAAGUGAUUUUAGCCGUUUCGUACAGGGCCGAGCAAAUGGAAGAUGAAUUAUCCCAAGAAGCAAAGAAGUUGGGUAUAAACGUUAUUUUUUCGCACGAAUCUGAACCACUUGGAACAGCGGGCCCCUUAGCUUUAGCUAGAGAUAUACUUAAACAAAGCAAUGAGCCAUUCUUUGUACUCAACUCAGAUAUUAUUUGCGAAUUUCCAUUCGUGGAGUUAGCUCAAUUUCAUCGAGCGCAUGGAAAAGAGGGCACCAUCGUUGUUACAAAGGUUAAAGAACCUUCAAAGUACGGAGUUGUUGUCUACAAUGAGUCAGGAUGUAUACAAAGUUUCGUGGAGAAACCACAAGAAUUUAUUUCUAAUAAAAUUAACGCAGGGCUGUACAUUCUUAAUCCUAAAAUUUUAAAUCGAAUUGAACUUCGUCCCACUUCCAUUGAAAAGGAGGUCUUUCCUGGAAUGGCUUCUGAUGGCGAAUUAUAUGCUUUUGAAUUGGAAGGUUUUUGGAUGGAUGUUGGCCAACCCAAAGAUUUCUUAACCGGGAUGUGUAUGUAUUUAAAAUCGUUACGACAAAAAUGUCCCGAACGCCUUUACGACGGACCUGGAACAGUCGGAAAUGUUCUUGUCGAUAAAACUGCUAAAAUCGGUGAAGGUUGUCAAAUUGGACCCGAUGUCACAAUCGGACCUGGCGUUAUCAUCGAAGAUGGCGUUUGUGUUAAACGAUGCACUAUUCUUAAAGAUGCCAACAUCAAAUCUCAUUCUUGGUUGGAAAAUUGUAUAAUCGGCUGGAAAUCUUGUGUGGGACGUUGGGUUCGAAUGGAAGCCACCACGGUUCUUGGCGAAGAUGUUAUCGUCAAGGAUGAAAUCUAUAUUAACGGCGGUCAAGUACUUCCCAAUAAAAGCAUCGCUGCGUCUGUGCCUGAACCACAAAUCAUAAUGUGAUUGUUUUUUUAAGUUUAUGUUGAUGAAAUAUUAUUUUUUUUUGAUUAGAGCAUUUAUUUUUGUGUUUAGAUUAUAGUUGUAUUUUUGUUAAGUUACGUUCCCGUACCACAUGAACACUUUUUGACCAUAAUGACGUGAAUCAUAGUGGUAUCAUAGAUUUACAUGCACAACAUCAUAAAAAUAUUUUUUUGACUACGUCUCAAUUUGUUAUUUAUUACGAUAUGUUCUUAAUGUAAAAUCUGUCAAUUUUUAAUACUAAUAAAAAGUAUUUGUACUAAA